AUGGAGGCGAUAACGGAGCAGUCCAAUUUCAUCUUCUCGCCUAUGUCCCUCAGGGCUGGACUCGCGCUGCUUGCCGUGGGCACGCACGGCCCGACGCUGCGCCAGCUGCUCACGUUCCUGGGCUCCGAAAACACGCACCACCUCGACGUGGCCAUUGCGAGGCUCCUCAGCAACGAAGUCUGCCCGUGCAAGGUCCCCAAGUUCAAGUUCUCCUUCGCGUUCGACGCGGUGAACGCGCUCCGGCAGCUCGGGCUGUCCGAGCCGUUCACGUACGCUGCAGACCUGUCGGGGAUGGUGUCGAACAUGCCACCCGAGGGGCUCUACGUGUCCGCCAUGAGGCAGACGUGCGCCGUGGAGGUCGACGAGGAAGGCACGACAGCUGUUGCAGCGACGUACUCCUUUUUGAGCCCAACUGGUCCCUGCUGGUCACCCCCGCCGCCGCCGAUGAGGUUUGUGGCGGACCAUCCGUUCAUGUUCGCGAUCGUCGAGUACGAGAAGGCCGAGCUCUUGUUCCUAGGCCACGUCAUGGACCCUUCCAAGGAGGAUUGA